AUGCUCCUCUCACUGCGGAAUAUUAACUUGCGCCAACUCCUCCGCUCCCCUAUCCUCAUCGGCAUCCUCAUCCUCCUCGGUAUCACCUACCUCGAGUUCCACCAUGCGUCCAUGUCGGAUCUCUUCGGACAGGAUCAGUCACUCCUGACUCAGCUAGCGACGGUCGCGCGCCCAAUACCGUACCUCCACUACAGCGACUCGCCCUAUGGUCCUUACGGGCUCCGGGAUGACUUUUACUUUUUCCCCAUCCCAUCGGCAGACGGCAAGACGCUCGCCCUGGUAUCGCACUUCCGCAUGCACGGGCGGAACGUCUGGCCUCUUCACCUCGGCGCGGAGAUAUACUGUCGGGGAAACAAGGAUACCGAGUGGUCAUUGGCGGUCGUGAGGAGGAACCAGAUGGAUCGGGAUCAGCACGUGUUGAUUAUGGAGUGCGAGGCGAGGGGAGAGUUUGCAACCUUGCAAAUCAGACAGCCCGACUCUGGAGCCAAGAGCAUCAUGAUACCCCUUCAAAGCAUCCGUCCGCGCAAGCUCAAGGCGGGCGCCAAGGGGCCUCACGUCGUCGCAAUGACGAUGGUGGGGAGGUGGGAUAUCAGGCUGCCAGCUUGGAUAGAGUAUAAUCUCAUGCGCGGGGCCGAAGAGAUCUACAUCUACGACAACCAACGCGACGGGUCUGACCAUACUCUCCGUACCGCCCUCGAGCCGUACAUCCGCGCGGGCAAAGUCGUCCUCGUCCCCUGGUAUCACGUCCUCUUUGACACCUGGGCGCCAAGCUGGGGCGACCAGCAACCGCUCGCGCUCAACCACGUCACCGCUUCGCUGGACAAGUACGCCGACUGGGCUCUUCUCUGCGAUAUCGACGAGUUUCCCAUGUUCACCCCGCUCGACCAGAACCGGAAUAUCACCGACUUUACCUACGGCGGCGUUCUUGAUGCGGUGCUGGCGGCUCGUCCAGACGUCCGCCAAGUGUCCAUGCGGAACUGCUUCACAUCCAGCGUCCCGCACAACCCCCUUCCACCGGGCGAGGUCGAGCCCAUUCCCAACGCAGACAUCGCCGUCGCUCCGCCCGUCACCAUCCCCGUUCCGGAACCUGUUGGUCAAAUCGCCCUCCUCCCCGAAACGGCCUAUCGGUUCGAUCAGUGCUCGGGAUACCCAUACCGAUCCAAAACCUUUAUCCGUCCCGACAUGAUCACCAUCUCGGCGGUUCACGUACCCGGCGGAGGCGAGGGAGAGGCGUACCACGUCGAGGAUCCAGAUACGGGGCUGUGGCUCAUGCACAUGAGCGAUCAUAUUUCCGAGGCGAGGGGGACGCAGAUGACGUUGGAUCUGAGCGAUAUAUCAGAGAGGACGGGCAGGGCGGUGGGGUCGAGGGGGAGUGCGGGCGACGGGAGGGUGGGGUGGCGGACGAGAAUGACGCGGUGGAGAGGUAUACGCCGAGGGUGGGAGAUGGGACCGAAGCGGGCGGAUGCGGGGAUGGGAAGUCAAGGGAAACGGUUGGAAGGCGACGAGUCAAAACCUCUCCAUCUGCGGCGGGCACAGCCGACUACUGUCUCGCUCUCGGCCGGCGAACCACCCUUCCGUCCCUCCCCUCUAUCCGCGUCCGAUCUUCAAUCUCGUCUGUCGCGCUGUUCUCCUGCUACCAUCUGGCGGCUGGUCGAAGGGAAGCGGGAACGGCAGCUUUGGCACUGGGACACGACGUUACGGAAGGCGUCUGCAGGUCAGUUCCAAGUUGACCAGCCGACGUACAAUCCCAUCUCUUUGUCCACCACCUCCAAACCUCCCCUCCCUGACCUAUAUCUUCGUCUCCUCAUGUUCCCCCUCCUACGUCAUAUACGCGCCACCUUCCCCGCGAUCACCCACAUGUAUCAGCCCGCAUCUGCCACAGCAAAGCACCAGAGCUAUCGUACGGGUACUGCAGCUACUCCUUUCGCCGCAGACAUAAGGGAUGACAAUGCGGCGAAACGCGACAUGUACUCAUCCCUUCUGAAUACCUCGGGGAAACCCGCACAGGCAGAGACGGUUGGCGGUAUCUCUGCGAGGAAGGGAGGAGAAACCUAUCUUAUCUCUCCAUUUCGGUACCAAGCAGCCAUGUCCAAUCCCUCUCCCAGCAUCCGUUCCAGCACCCCCGCUAAUUGGCUCGACUCGGUACGGCGCGCCUUGGGCGAGAAUCCCGCAGAUGAGCGCUUUCGAGUCAUAGUCAACGAUGAAGACUUUGCGGAAGGUAUCGCGAGUUCCUGCGUCGUCAAGUACCUCAUCGGUAAGCGUCCGGUGGUAUCUGGACUGUGCGCCUUUUACUUGAAUCAGACCGCUAACGCGAAAGUCGAGAACGGGAUGGUGGCCGUUGUCACAGAAGAGGAGUACAUUAAUCAUGCGGGAAAGUAUGGGCAAUCGCAGAGUUCCGCGGAGGAGGAUGCUAUUCCUGAUGUCGAUGAGGGUCUUGGCCAGGUCGUUGCCCAGCCUGGCGCCGGCUGGAUCCAACGUACAUGA